UAUAUAGCAUUAGAUAACCAUGGCAGCAGCACCCAUCGCCAAGGAUGUAGCCGACGAGAUCAGAAACAAGUUUACCGCCCUGGCAACAGACGCCUCAAAAUACUACGAGGCGGAUUUGGAGCGCAUCAAGACAGAUGAUAAACUAGUAUCACGCUUCCUGGCGCAUCAACGAGAUGGCAAACCUGGCAAACCGAAUGACAAAGAUGAGACCGCCAAGAUGAUCGAGAGUGUAUUUACGUGGAGGAAGGUGAACUCUGUGAGAGAUCUUGACUUCUCCAAGGACCCGGACCAUGUGCUAACCUCCAUGUACUUCAGGGGACAAGAUCUUGAUGGUGCUGAUGUUCUGUGGGUAGAGCCCAAGUACUUUGACAAGACAAAGAGGGCUGAGUUUGAGAAGUACCUGAUGUGGCUGGUAGAGAAUAGACCGGGGGAGGCGGACAGUUCACAGAUCACUAUCGUGCUAGCACUAGGCGACGUUGGGUUGACUGAGGUUGAUGUUGAGUUUAUAAAGUACUUUAUCAACAUAUUCAUGUACUACACAGCUGACGUAAUGAAGAAAAUGAUAAUCCACAAUAUGCACUGGUUGCUGAACGGUGUGUGGAAGCUAGUUAGUGUUAUGCUUUCUGAGGGGGCCAAAAAACGAGUCCUAUUCCUCAAGAACAAGGAGGUUAACAAGCAUAUUCCUGAAGCAAGCGUACUGGCCUGCGUUGGGGGUCCUGAUCCUUUUAGAUAUCAAGCUGCUUAGUAGGAAUUAAUUAGCUUUACACGAUAUAAUUAAUUGGCUGGUUCAACUUUUGGUGCUCUGUUUAUGUUAAUCUUGCUUUAUUGUGCGAACUUAUUUGAUUGUAUACAGUAUGUGAACAUAUUAUACAUUCGUCACUUUCAACAGUUUUGAUGCGAAGGAGUAAAAUGUAUAGUGUUUGAUGUGUAUUCUUACUGAAAUGAAUGGAAAUAUCUGAUCCUAUUAGGCUUGGUAUAAUAAAUUAUUUAUUGGGGAGAUAUAUUGAGAUAUAUUGAGAUAUAUAUAUAUUGAAUCGGGACGGCUUUCUCAUGUUUUGUUAUAGAAACGAGUUCUAAGAGUCAUCACAGAUUUGUUUGUAUCACUAAUAAAGAAUUUAAAACUACGCAACUUUACGUCGUUUCUGGUUCAUAUUUGAUUUAUUACUCAUUCGAUCAUUUUUUCUGGGAAACUAAUAUUUAUUGAUUCACUCGUGAUACUGUAUGUUGAUUGCUUUGCCAUGUGUUGCUGAAUUGGAAACUUUUAAGAA